AAGCCGGCCACCAAACCCCCAAGUCACUCCAGAGACAGCUACGUCCGGCUCUAUUUCGGUCUCUUCCUCCUUGGGUCUUGGAGAUAGAGCCCCAAGGUGGUUCCCCACAGAAGGACCCCAGUGUUCGGGGCAUCAUGACCCCCGUCUGGAUCUUACUCCUUCUCCAGCUGCGACUCACCAGGGAGGAAGAUGCCUACGUCCAGAAGGGGCAGGACCAGGUGUUCUCUUGUGGCCCGGUCAAGCCUCUCUCGAGCAGGGAAGAAGUGACGUGGUCCUACAAUACCGGUGUUCCUGGGUCCUCGUCAGUGCUGUUAUUCCAGGGCGUGGCAGAUCAGCCCCUGAAGAAGGCGGCCGGGGAGCGGCUCUCCGUGUUCCCCAACCACUCCCUGUACCUGCAGGGGGCCGAGGGGGACAUGGGGACCUACUGGUGUUCGGUGCAGGGAGUCACCCGCCACACCUACCAGCUGAAUGUUGUCACAGAGACCCAGACGGUGCUGACGACCAGCCCCGCCAACAUGACCUGCCACCAAGUCUCCUGCAUGAUCUUGGACCGGCAAGCGCUGCCGGCGGUGACAUGGUGGGUCGGCGAGCAGCGGGUGCAGGACACCGGCGGGCAGUGGGUGCAGGACACCGACGGGCAGGGCUGGCAGCUCGUCUUCUCGGGCUCGCGGGCGGCGCUGCUCCAGGCUUGCUGGAACAGGAGCGACCCGGGGGCCAGGAAGAAAAGACGGGUCAGGUGUGAGCUGAACAGCAUGCGAGUCACCUUUGACCUCACCGCAGUGAAGGACCCCCCCUCCUGUAGCUCCGCCUGGAUCCCCCUGGCCGUGUGCGCAGCGCUGGAGUUCCUGCUCCUCCUCGCCUUGGGGGUGGCGCUGUGGUGGCGGGGGCGGCCGGCCCAGAGGUCACACCUGGGCGACCUUCCUGCGCACACCCAGCCAGAGCCUCCCGGACUCAAAUCCCAGAUGCCGCUGUAUGAGAACGUGGGGCUGGGAUACGCAGCAGGGGGCGCCGAUCCUGCCCAGUUGUGAUGGCCCCAUUGGCCCCUGUGGAGCGACCGCCGCCCCUCGAGCCCUGUGCCGGGGUCCGGGCGGGGCCAAGCCGCGUGUCAACACCUAGCGCCCCCCGCAGGGUGGGGUCGGAGGCUCCCUGAGGCCACUAGGGGCUUUCCAAGGAGAAGAGCUGGAAGAGGAACCCAGGCGUCCGGCUCCCCGCCUUCCCCACCCCCGUGGGGGCUGGGGUGACAGAUGGGGACUGGGCGGUUGUGGGGGUUGGAGCGGAGAAUAAAGAGAACAGAGCAGCA